AUGGGUUUCGGACGAUUCAUCUGCGUGGCUCUGCCAUUCGCUCUCGCCAUCGGCAGCUUGAUUGCCAUGCUCGUCGCCGGUCUAGCAGGUGUCGCCGACAAGAGCCUGUACAUGUUCCGCGCCAACCUCACCGACCUCUCCAUCAGUGCCACCUCGAUUUCCAGCCUCAUCAACACAAGGAGUGUGACUGGCGACUUCCACGAUGCAAGCCAGCUGACCGAUGGUCUCACCGGGGCUGAGACGGCAGAUGAUGGCUCAAAGACAUCGAACAUUACCGCCGCCGACCUGGGUCUCUACAACCUCUACGAUGUUGGUCUCUGGGGUUACUGCUAUACUACUACCACCGGCAAUCGAUCGUGCACAAAGGCCAAGUUCAACUGGGCCGCCAACGCUCUGAACACAUCCACCAGCACCCUCCAGACUCUCGCUACCGCCUCCGGCCAGAACGUCACCCUCCCCGAUGAGGUGACCAAGGCGAUGGACACGUUUGCCACCGUCACGAAGUGGACCGAGGUCGUUUUCAUCAUUGCCUACAUCGCCCUCGCCGUCGAGAUCCUCUUCGGCAUCUUUGCCAACUGCAGCCGCGCCAUCUCGUGCGUCACCUUCAUCAUCGCCGGCGUAGCCACCGUGGCCGUCUGCGCCGCCGCCUCCAUGGCCACCGCCAUGUCCGUCGUGGUGGUCGGCACCGUCGAGAGCACCGCCAAGUGGUACGGCGUCAAGGCCGACUUCAACACAAAGUUCCUCGCGGCCGUGUGGAUCGGCGCCGCCUUCGCCAUCGCCGCCGGCUUCUUCUGGAUGUUCACCAUCUGCUGCUGCGCGCCCGACCACAGCAGCCGCAAGAGCCGCGGCCUCGGCUCCAAGCGCCACCUCGACAACGAGGCCGGCGAGAAGCUCAUGCCCAUCGGCGCCUACCAGCCCCUGCACGAGCCCGAGAACACUGGCUACUACGGCCAGCAGCACGGCAACCACCAGUACGGCGCGCCUCGCUACCCCAGCGGCGCGGGGCGCUCCGAUCUGGCGUACGAGCCGUACUCGCAUCGGGCUUAA